UCAGUUUUGACUACUGAGAAAUAGGCAAACAUGAUAUGAUCAUAUUUCAAAAAUUGACUCCAAUUUCUUCAUUAGUAUAUUAUAGUUUCUUCUUCCACAUUUCUGGAGGCAUAAUGUUGUUUUUUUGGAGGUUUAUUGCGUUGAUUUGGUUUGUUAGCUUGGUUUCUGCAGCAACGAUUUUGCCUCCUGAUGAAGUGUGUUGCUUGUGUUUGUGGAUUUUGGCAGUGGAAUCGCUGAGGGUGAUAGCGAGGAGGCUGGGGAAAGGGGAUUGGGAUUUCGGCGUCGAUCCAUGCAGCGGGUCGUCGGGUUGGGCGACCCGGAACCCGGUUAAAGGCCGCGAAAAUGCAGUGACUUGCGACUGUACAUUUGACAAUAGCACUACUUGCCACGUCACCAGCAUAAUUCUGAAGGCCCAAAAUCUUAAUGGAUCGGUCCCACGCGAACUUGUGAGACUCCCAUUCCUUCAAGAAAUUGAUCUCACUCGGAACUACCUCAACGGCACCAUUCCUUCGGAAUGGGGCUCCAUGAAACUCGUAAAUAUUUCUUUGCUUGGAAACCGUAUAACUGGUUCGAUACCAAAAGAGCUCGCCAACAUCACUACGCUUCAAACGCUUGUUUUGGAGUAUAAUCAGUUGUCCGGAGCUAUACCUCCCGAGUUUGGGAGCCUUCCUCGAAUAAAAAGACUACGAUUUACCUCCAACAGUCUAACCGGAGAAUUACCCGAAAGUCUAGCAAAACUGACCACUUUGACAGACUUUCGUGUUAGUGAUAACAACUUCAUCGGAAGCAUACCAAAUUUUAUCCAGAACUGGACAAAUCUGGAAAAAUUAGUGAUUCGGGCUAGCGGUCUAGCUGGGCCGAUCCCUUCUGGUAUUGCUUCCUUAACCAAAAUGACUGACCUGAGAAUCAGCGAUUUGAAUGGGAACGAUUCAAGUUUACCAUCUCUUAGUCCGUUGAAAAAGCUCAAGACAUUGAUAUUGAGACGUUGCAACAUUGUCGGGACAUUGCCAGAGUAUAUUGGAGAUAUGACGAUGCUUAAACUCUUAGAUCUAAGUUUCAACAAAUUGAACGGAUCAUUUCCGGAGAGCUUUAUUAAUCUAUCAAAAACGGAGCACAUCUAUUUAACCGGGAAUUCCCUAAGUGGGCCGUUGCCGGAUUGGAUGCUGAAAGGCAGGAAAGGCAUUGACUUGACAUACAACAACCUUACAUAUGGAAGUUUACCGGCAGAGUGUCGGAACUCUGAAGUGCUCAUCAGUUGUUUUUCAACAACGCAUGUAGUGAUCGAAGAAAAGCAAGUGAUUGCACUUGCAGAAGCACCUAAUACCGGCAGGAAACUGGGGGAGCAUAUUUUUAGGAGCUACAUUGCUGCGUCACCGAGUGAGGCGCUCAGUGCUGCGCCAAGUCCGGCGGUGGAGGCUUCGGGAGGAGGUGGAAGCAGUAUCUCUGGAGGUGCUAUAGCUGGUAUAGUGAUAGGUGUGUUUUUUGCUGUCAUUUUAGUUCUGGGUGUUCUGUGGUGGAAGGGUUGUCUUACACGUAAAGAUUCGAAGCACGAUGAUUUGGAAGGUUCAGAUCUUCGGUCGGGAUCAUUUAGCCUAAGGCAACUCAAAGUUGCCACAAACAACUUUGCUAACGCUAAUAAGAUCGGGGAAGGUGGUUUUGGUCCCGUAUUCAAGGGUGUUCUAUCAGACGGUACAAUCAUUGCCGUGAAGCAGCUUUCUUCCAAAUCAAAGCAAGGGAACCGCGAAUUCGUGAAUGAAAUAGGCAUGAUUUCCGCUUUACAACAUCCUAAUCUUGUUAAGUUGUAUGGAUGCUGCAUGGAAGGCAACCAGUUGAUGCUCGUCUAUGAGUACUUGGAAAACAAUAACCUUGCUCGUGCAUUAUUUGGUCCAGUAGAACACCAACUGCAUUUGGAUUGGCCAAUGAGACAAAAAAUCUGCAUCGGGAUAGCAAGGGGUUUGGCUUACCUCCACGAAGAAUCAAGGCUGAAAAUCGUCCAUCGCGAUAUCAAGGCUACUAACGUGCUUCUUGAUAAGAAACUAGUCCCUAAAAUAUCUGAUUUUGGGCUCGCGAAGCUGCAUGAAGAAGACGACACCCACAUUAGCACGCGCAUUGCUGGAACUUUUGGAUACAUGGCGCCCGAGUAUGCAAUGCACGGCUAUCUGACAGAUAAAGCAGACGUGUACAGCUUCGGAGUCGUUGUUUUGGAAAUUGUCAGUGGGAGGAGCAACAGAAGCAUCAGACCCAAGGAGGAUAACUAUUAUCUUCUUGAUUGGGCUAUAUCCUUGAAAGCGAAAGGGGACAUGUUGGAGCUAGUCGACCGCAGAUUAGAGUCGACCUUCAACAAGGAAGAGAUGGCGAGAGCUAUCAAUGUGGCGCUUAUUUGCGCGAAUGUUGUAGCUGCAGAAAGGCCGAGUAUGUCAGCUGUAGUGACCAUGCUCGAGGGGAAAGAUGGCGUUCCUAAGUUGGCUUCCGAGACGCGCAUCUCAGUUGAUAAGACGAGACCCGGUGAAGUGGAGAUGGGUACAUUGGAUGGGGAGGGUGUUUCCAUGGAUGCGCCGAGGAGUGGUUCUUCAAAUUCUGCUGCUGAUCUCUAUCCACUUGUUGAGUAGAGAGUUACAGCCAAGUUACACUGGGCCGAAUUAAAGGCUCAUAACUCAUAAGGUAUAACACCUAUGCUUUAGAAACAAAAUAGAAAAGAGUACGUGGAGCGUGAAUCUCAUUUUUAUAUAUUAAUUUUAUAAAAAUUAAUGAGUUUUUAAAAAAGUGGGUUUACUUACCAAAAAUAAAAAAACAAGCAAAAUUUACUAUAUUUAGUGAAUGGAGGGGGUACUAGUAUACUACUCACCCGUUCCAUAAAAAUAUGUGCACUUUCUAUUUUCGUCCGUCCCACGAAUACAUGUGUAUUCCAUUUUUGAAAAGUAUCCCAAUUUAUUACCCCUAUACACCAACUUAUUUACAACUUAUACCACAAUUAAACAGUACUAAUAGUGUGAGUUCUACUAUCCACUAAUGUUACUUUAACUACAUUUCCCUUCUCUCUCUUACUUUACCAAUUUUGUCCUAAUUCCCGUGAUAUAUCAAUUUCCGGAGGGGUACCCUUCUUCUCCUCUCUCUUAUUUUACCAAUUUUGUCUUAAUUCUCAUGCCAUAUCAAUUUUCCAUAUUUUUAUGAGAGGAAUGGAGUAUUAGAGAGAGUGUGAGUGAUAGCUUGCAUUUCAAUGAAGAAGUCUUGAACGGUCAAAGAGAGAAAAUCUUGAACUGUGUGAGAGUAAAGAAGAAAAAAAAUAUACUACUGCAUGAAUCAAGCUUUGGUGGAAACUUUGGCAGAAAAUAUGGAUGUAUUGUUAAUUUUAAUAGACCAUUGGUUUCAGAAAAUUUCUAAUUGUGAGACAACUAAGGUCCAAUUGAUUUGGACAUUUGGGGAGAGAUAGAGAAUAUAUCUCUCGAGAAUUAUUUUGCAUAUUCUAUCUUGAACAGCCAAGGAAAUCUCAAACGGCCGGAGAGUCGUCGUCGUCGUUUGCCAGGACGAAGAUUUAAAGUCUGGUGAUUUUUAUUUAAAAUAUGGAUAUGUAAAUUAAUUUUUUUUUUCAA